UAUAUAUAUAUAUGAGUUGUUUUAACUCGUUUAAAGUAGUUUUAAAGUAGUUUAAAAUAAGGCGGUUCAUUCAAAUGGUUACAUGGUUGGCGGUGCUGCGUUCAAUGUACCUCGGUAAUAUGUGAGCCUUGAGUCAAUCAGUUGCGCUUUGCUCAAAAUUCAACUAUGUCAGGUAUGUAAGUGUGCCAGGUCAGAAUUAAUUCAGACCGGAUUGAUGACAUUUCACGAUAUUUUGCCAUGUGUGUUUGCUGUCGAGGUUGGGCGUGUCCAUUUCUGCAAAAUAAAAACAAACGCGAAAGUCCGCCCACAGCACAGCCGCGCUGCGUUCGGACCGCUCAUCUCGCUCGUUCACUAACUUCUCGACUUAAUUCCCCGCUAAAAAUUUGAAAUAAUGACCACUAUAAAGAAAUGCGUGAUGGACGCGCUGGAAAACCUGACCGGGGAUGAAUACAAAAAGUUCUGUAAUGCUCUGGUGGAUCGCCCCGGUGACAGAAGGGUGGAGGAAAACAAGGUCCGGAGGAAGGACUACUUCGACGUAACCAACGUGCUGGUGUCCACUUUCAGCGAGGACGGAACUCCAGCCGUGGUCAUCGAAUUGCUCGAGAAAAUCGGUUGCAGCGAUGAGGCCAAAGAUCUCGAUGACCGGAUUGCCGAACCUCUCCCAAAGUCAUCUGCUAGCAAAGAUAAGCACUUUGUGAGCAAGCAUUGGGUGAGGCUGAUUGAGUAUGUGACCAACGUCGAUGCAAUUCUGAACCGUCUGCUGGAAAAGAAGGUCAUCCAUGAUGGGAUCUAUGAGGAAAUCCUCGAUGCAAAGGGCAACCAGGAAAAGAUGACCAAGAUCUACAAGCUGGUUCUCAAGUCCGGCAACCGUGCCAAGGACAUUUUCUUGGAAAUCCUCAAGGAGCAAGAGCCGCUCGUCGUGGGGGAGCUGGAGAACUUUCCAAUACAAGAGGAGCACUUUGUGAUCAAGCAUGGGACGGAGGUGAUUGAGUCCGUGACCGACAUCAAUCCAAUUCUGAACAGUCUGCUGCAAAAGAAGGUCAUCCAGGAUGAUGACUAUGAUGAAAUCCGCGAUACAAGGGGCCACCAGGAAAAGAUGACCAAGAUCUACGGGCUGGUUCUCAGGUCCGGCAUCCGUGCCAAGGAGAUUUUCUUCGAAAUCCUCAAGGAGCAAGAGCCGGCCCUCGUGGAGGAUUUGGAGAACAUAGCGUAGAUGUCUGUCCUCCUAUUUCCACUCUGGCUAAUUUAUAGAAUUCCACUUUUCUCUACGCGCGACCUUUUCCGGAGACUAAGAGUACCAAACAAAGUCAAAAUGUUAAAACAAGUGUUUAAUACACAGAUCAGCAUUCGCUUCUGAUAAGUUCCACAUGCUCCAUUGCCCUGCUGAGGUAACUUGGCGAUACAGCGCUGCCUCAACAUGUGAACAUCCAAUUUUAUGGGCUUUCAACUUUAACCUCAGUUUAUUGGACAUGCCACACCCUCAAAACUGGCUCAUUUUCACUCGUGGAGGCAACAGGAUGCAGUCCAUUGUGUGUUUGUCACAUUCGGAAUGGUGCCGGACGACUCGGUGCCGCUUGCACCAGGGUUUAUUGAAGGGAAAAGACACGAUGACGGGAACAAGCAGGCAGGAGAACACAGUGAGGUAUGGGCAGCAGAAAAGGACGGGAACCAGAUGUGGGAAGAUCUAGACGGAGUGAAAACGAUAAGCAAGAUUUUUUACUGAUCAAAAAAUUACAGGGAGUGACAUGCAGACAUAUAUACAAUACUGGUAACGAGGGGCAGCGGAGCGGAAAUGUGAUACAAUUCGUGCAAACAAUUCUCAGGAAAUAUUGCAACAAUUUGAUUUUAAAAUCACUUUGAUUCAACUUUUAAUCUUGUGUCUUCUGGCUGUUGUCUCGAUCAAUAAAACAUGAGGGUGGAAUGCA